UAUUUUAUUUUCAUUCAAAUGCAUAUGUUUCAUUUCGAUUUAUUUGAGUAGAAAUCCCGUGAAACGCGUGUCGCUGGGAAGAAUAGCUGCGCCAUGGGUUUCUCCGGGAAGUCUUACCCAGACUCGAUCUCCCUCGUUAAGUUGUACAGUUGUCAUACCGCCACCGGAAGUAUGUUGCCCUGUAGGUGUAACUCCAGAGAAAGCUGUACCGACCUGGAUGCUAUUUCGAACGACUUCGGUACUUAGCCAGCCACCAGAAAUAUGUACUGUCCAAUGGAAUACGUACAACCCUGCCUGCGGACAGGUAAAUCCGCUCUCGUGCUGUUGAAGGAAAACACCUUUGAGGCUUCGACAAUAAGACAGACUGCAUCACUCAUGAGCAAAAAGCAACGCGUAACUUGAUGUCAAGCUGUGUUUUCUUUUUCUAGGAUAUUUUUUCGACAUGUUUAAAGUUUAGACUAACAUUCUUCUACGCUAUGAUAUUGGAUUGAAGUGUGCCCUCAACUAUGCUUUAGUCAGAGUCGCAAUCGUUGUCAGUAAAAUGAUUAUUUAUAGAAUAGUAAUGCUAUUGGUGAUGUCCAAGGCUUUGGUGAUACAGGAGUACUUUACGCAGAGAGUUGACUGUGGGACAAUGAUUCUGAGUUAUGACUUAGUCUACGCUAAUAGGACAGCAUCCAGCCUUCUUGGAUGCGCAUCCUUGUGUUUAUUUGAUCCUGACUGUGAGUCGUUAAACUUUCUCCGUUUCGACAUUUGUAUGUUGAGUAACAAAACACUUGAUGACUCGUGCUCUAACAGACAAGACAACGUAAACGGUAUCUACUUGGUUCGCUUCCAGGAAAAAAAUGCUUCAGUUUGUUUGAAUGGUGGAAUAAUGAAGCCGACGAACACGUGUUUGUGCUUUGGGGGAUACAUCGGGGAUUUCUGUGAGCGAAUCAUGGAGGAUUGCACGGAGGGCGUACCGUACUAUCCAGGGGAGUUCGGAACGUUUCUAAUCCACCCAAGGCUGUCUCCAAAACCAUUUAAAGCUGUGUGCCGAAUGGCGUUUGACAAACGGACUUAUCUACAAAUUCGUCAUUAUGGCGGAAAUGAGACAUUAUUUGUUCAGAAUUGGGAAGCAUACAAGAAUGGUUUUGGCGAUAUAAGCGAGACCGAUGAUUGGAAAAGAAAUUUCUGGCUUGGUAAUGAGAACGCUUAUUAUCUCACCAAUAGUAAAGAUUACCAUCUCAUCGUACAACUAGCAGAAUAUCACUAUACAUCAUUUGGUCAAUAUCGACUUAACUAUUUUGUGGUUAAGAGCGAAGAAGAUAAUUAUUCUAUGUCAUACACAACCGCAUAUCCCUAUCUAUUGUCAAUUGUGUUUGGAAACAGUAUGUUAUCUAGCAACGGAGCAAACUUCAGCACGUUUGAUCGAGAUAACGAUAUUUUCCCUGGUAAUUGCGCACAGAAACAUGGCACAGGAUGGUGGUUUGCGAGCUGCUCGCGAUGUAACCCCAAUGGUCGACUUUGGCCUGGAGGAAUAAAUGUUAGACUGAAUGUUGACGAUGAGUUUUUUUGGGAAGACGGUCUUAAUGGCUGGUCAGCAUGGGGAACAAGUAUGUGGCUUUCUAGACAUUAGUCCACCUAUUCCGUAUACCAAAUGCUGCUAGAAGUUGCUUGCUAGACAUCAUAUUGUUGCCUUUUUACACGUAAAUCGGCAGUUCGAUUGUUCGAUAGACUAGAAGUUGAAGUCAUUGUUUAUGAGAUAUAACUCGCCAUGAAUCAGCUUGUUGACUUUGUAAGCCUGGAUACUUACUCUGAUUUGUAUAAACCUAGUCUGGAUAUUUACACGUCACUCUGAGUUGUAUAAACCUAGUCUGGAUACUUACACAUCACUCUCGGUUGUAUAACCUAGGCUGGAUACUUACACGUCACUCUGAGUUGUAUAAACCUAGUCUGGAUACUUACACAUCACUCUGGGUUGUAUAACCUAGGCUGGAUACUUACACGUCACUCUGAAUUGUAUGAACAUAGUCAUGGAUACUUACACAUCACUGUGGGUUGUAUAAUCUAGGCUGGAUACUUACACGUCACUCUGAGUUUUUUUGAACCUAGUCUGGAUACUUACACAUCUAAGAUAAAUAGAAAAUGGAUCGCUACUCAUUAGUUUGUUUAUUGUUUAUCAAAGUUUAUCAAAGCAAGUUCGUUGUUAAGUAGACAUUGUAUUGAUUGGCGUCAUUGUAUACUAUUUACAGUCGUUUCUUGUUGUAUAAACCAGUUAGUGGUUCACUGGACAUUAUACUUUUGUUCUUGUAUACUGAUCAUCAGAUACAAAGUAAGGACGCUCAUUUACAUCCUUUUAAGUAGUAUAUCAUGUAAAACGCGCCUGAAUUAAUUUCGCUGGAAAGUGACACCAGACAACCUCGGGGACUGAUUGUCAAACAGUAGUCAACCACACAGUGACUUAAAUAACCCUUUUUUCAAAUAUAAUAAGUCGAUGUAAAACCAAACAUUGCCUGCAUCAUAUGGCCACUUCGUACAUUGAUUCAUACCUCCAGCAAUCAUGUAAGACUCACCAGUGGUAUUCAAGAUCAGCAGAAGAAAAAUCUAGGCCUAAAACGUUCCGAACCAUUUGAGGGAAAACAAGAAAUAUGGUAAGAGUGCCUACACAACUCUUUGUAAGGUAGACCCCUAAAAUAUCCAACGAGAUCAUGUUUCAUUUAAACAUUGAACCGUUUUUAUAUGGCAAGCAAAAAACAUAAUGGGCGCUA